UGUUGCAGAGCGUCACCGACCGCAGAAGAGACGUUGAACCGCUCCCGGUUCACUUUCAAGAAGCACCGCCGGGGUUUUUGGUGACAUCACGCAGGAAAGUACACAGUCUCUGCUGCGUUCACCCAAAAACAGCAAACUGCUCGUAUUUCCACGGACAACGGCUCAUGACACGCCCAUAGGAACGUAAACUGUAAUUACAACAAUGGAGAAACCUCCCUUCAGGCAGAACCAGAGCUGUGGCGACUGGGAGCUGAAAGAGAGGCUGGGAAUGGGUGGAUUUGCCCACGUGUACCUCUACCAACAUCAUGAAACAAAUGAAAAAUUAGCUUUAAAAAUGUGCCGCCUAGAACUCACGGCAAGGAAUAAGGACAGAUGGUGCAGAGAAAUCCAGAUCAUGAAAAAGUUGAAUCAUAUCAACGUUGUAACAGCCCGUGAUGUCCCGGAGGAGAUGACGUAUGUAAGCUUAAACGACCUUCCACUGCUAGCCAUGGAGUACUGCUCCAGAGGAGACCUGAGAAAGGUGCUAAGCAAACCUGAAAACUGCUGUGGUUUGAAAGAAAGUGAAGUACUUUUAUUACUCAACGAUGUUGGGAGUGGGAUUCAGUAUCUCCAUGAAAACAAGAUAAUACACAGAGACCUUAAACCUGAAAACAUAGUGCUGCAAGAUAUAAACGGAAAGCUGGUCCAUAAAAUCAUUGACCUUGGCUAUGCUAAAGACCUGGACCAGGGAAGUUUAUGUACCUCUUUUGUUGGCACGCUCCAAUACCUAGCACCUGAGUUGUUUGAGAACAAACCCUACACUGUUACUGUAGACUACUGGAGCUUUGGCACCAUGAUUUUUGAAUGCAGUUGUGGUUUUCGUCCAUUCUUGCACAAUCUGCAGCCUGUGCAGUGGGCCAGCAAAGUCAGGAACAAGGGGCCAAAAGACAUCAUGGCUGUAGAAGAACUGAAUGGAGAAGUCCGAUUCUCCACUCACCUCCCAUACCCUAACAAUCUCAGCAGGACACUGUUGGAGCCGAUGGAGGCGCUGCUUCAACUGAUGUUAAAGUGGGAUCCUGUCCAGAGAGGAGGCAAAGUCAACCGUGAGAACAAGAAGCCCAUGUGCUUUGAAGUGCUGGAGCAGAUACUGAGUAUGAAGGUCGUCCACAUCCUGAACAUGACCACAGCUCAGGUUCACUCAUUCCAGCUGACUCCAGACGAGAGUCUCCACAGUCUGCAGAAACGCAUUGAGGCUGAGACAAAGAUCGAGGUGGUGAACCAGGAGCUGCUGCAGGAGACCGGGGUGUCUCUGGACCCCAGGAAGCCAGCUGCACAGUGUGUCCUAGAAGGAGUGAGAGGAUGGGACAGCUACAUUGUGUACUUGUUCGACAAGAGCAUCACCAAGUACUCUGGUCCCUUCAGUGCCAGACAGCUGCCUGAUAAGGUCAAUACUAUUGUGCAAGAGACCAAAGUACAGUUGCCUCUGGUUGUGUUGAAGAAGGUUUGGGGUGAAGCAGUGAGCUACAUUUGUGGCUUGAAGGAGGACUACAGCAGACUUUUCCAGGGACAAAGGGCUGCAAUGUUGAGCCUCCUGCGCUACAACACCAACCUGACCAGGUGUAAGAACAGCAUGUUUGGCUUCUCUCAACAGCUGAAGGCAAAGCUGGACUUCUUCAAGAGCAGCAUUCAGUACGACCUAGAAAAAUACAGUGACCAGAUGCACUACGGCAUAUCUUCUGAAAAGAUGCUGAAAGCCUGGCAGGAGAACGAGGAAAGAGCUGCUGCUUUUGCGCAGGUGGCAGAGGUUAGCCAUCUGGAUGAUGAGAUCAUGGCCCUGCACUCUGAGAUAGUGGAGCUUCAGAGAAGCCCGUAUGCGCGGCGCCAAGGAGACAAGAUGGAGCAGCUAGAAGAAAAAGCGAUUGACCUCUACAAACAGCUAAAGAUGAAAUGCAAAACACCUGAGCCAGAUGUGAGCAGCGACAGCUCGGAGAUGGUAAAGGCAAUCAUUCAAACUGUACAGAACCAAGACAAGGUCCUCAAAGAUCUGUACACCCACCUCAGUAAGAUCCUGAUAAGCAAGCAGAAAAUCAUUGACUUGUUCCCACGGAUUGAGAAAACAUUGGAGAGCAUCAAGGAUGCGGACAAUACAGUGAUGCAGAUGCAGAUUAAGAGACAGAGAGAGUUCUGGCACCUACUGAAGAUUGCCUGUGCUCAGAACUCAUCGCGGAGCUCAAUAGCAGCCAGUCCUGAGUCGUCCAACAUGCUGCAGGUUUCUCAGUGGUCCCAGUCAGCGCAGCCCGUCAGCUCCCCACAUCCCCUCACUUCUCUCCCUGGGCCAAGUGACAGUGAUGCUGCCCCACGCCUGCUCCAGGAGAACCAGAAAUACCUCAGUCAGCUGACCAGCCUGAUGCAGGAAGCUGCUGAUGACCAGGCGAAAAGCAUAGUGGACCAAGACUGGAGCUGGACAAAAUACGAAACGUUAACAACAAAAUUAAAAAAGCGAAACGCGUAAGCGCGGUUUGUGUCCCCGUUCCUCUGCUUGUGCUCUGAGUAACACUAAGGACAUCAGCUGUUCACACGGCGGAGCCACGUCAAACACUGUACAGUUGUAUAUGGACUCGGAAUAUUCUCAUACAACAUCAUAAUCUUAAAAAAAAAGAACAAUUGAUAACCAGACUAAUUCACACAUGCUCCGUGGUGUCUGUUUACUCCCAUCGUCUCUCGUGGAAACUUUGAACAAUGAAUAUUGCUGUUUUUAUUUCAGAAAACAAAUGAAGCUCUGUCUCUAUUCUGUUUUCGUUCUCUGCACAAUAUCCGUCAUAAUCCUCAAACGGUGAUGAUAUUACUUCUACUGAGCAAACUGUAGCACCGGAUUAACGCGUGGCAAAGUAUUUAACUAACAUGGGAACAGCCGAGCUCAUGGUUUACAAAACACAGGAAGUGGUCAGAGGAAGGAGGGGGUGGGCGGCGAUCGAGGACAAAAUCACAAUCAAGCAAAAAGCACUUUGAUACUCCCAUGUAUCCUCUUUGUUAGGAGUUGAAACGUUCCACACAGCUGCAGAAUAUAAAUGUUCUCUCUCAUAAUCAGUUUGAUAUAUUUUCUAUGACAUGUUCUGGGGUUUAGGUUGUCUGUGAAUGUCAUUUCGGUUUUCUAUGAUAAGUGUAUUGUAUCAUAGGCAGAAGUCUUGUCACGACGUAUGUAAAUGAUGUGGCUGGCCAUUAUGUUUUAUAUAAUGUCUAUACUGUACAUUUGUCUUUUUAGGAAUGGGUUUUGAUUAUGUGCACAUAAUUCACUGACUGGUUCAUGCUGCAUCCACGACUUAGAGUUGAAAUAAAAGUCCUUCAAAGUAAAACUAUUAAACGAAGAGGUUUGCACCAUGAAUAAUAGUUUAUGUAAUUAAGAGCUGAGCUGAAACAAUUAGUCACUUAAAACCAAAUAAAGACAUACGUCUGUUUUUAGCCAAAAUGUUAAACACUUAGUUUCAGCUACUACAUUUUUUUCCUCUUUUUGUGAUUUGCCCUUGUGGUAAAUUACAAAAAACUACAAGUCGAUAGUAAAUAAUAUUGCAAUGGAUUUUUCAUUUAAGGAUUAAGUGACUGACCUUUAAUUAGGUCAUAAAAUGAUGAGGCGAGAAGCUUUCUUUGUCAUGAACACAGCAUCAUACACAAAGGUGUGACCUGGUUUUACUAAACAUCGUAGCACAGUCGGCAUCUUCCUCCACUGAUCCAUACAGAAACCAAACCAAACCAUCUGUGGUCAGAUGCUAACGGGAAACCAGGAAGGUGGAGAUUUGAAUGUACAGCGAUGGCUGCAUCGUCAUGCUUUUCUUGGGCCAGAGCGAAAUGUACCCUUUUAUUUAUGAAGUUGAAGUGCAAUGGAGCAAAAUAUUUUUUGGUAUUUAAGUAACUUGAUUUGACUCUUUUCCACCUAAAUAUUUGUUUCCAUCUGAUGGUUUUAUUGUCUAUAUAAUUUUUUUGAAGAUUUCAUUGUAUAAAGAUGAAACUGUUUGCCUGGUAGUGAAAUAAAAUGACUUUGGCAUGA